GUUUGCCCAGUGACCUUACCCACCUCAAGGUCUUCAGGAGCUGUUUCAAAGUUCAAGAUCAAUUUCGAUUUUGCUAACUUUUCCGGUGAGACUAAUUUAUUGACGAUCUUUGAGUGACUCUGGACUGACCUUGAGAGUGACCACUAAAUAAUCACGACCAAACCAUAGUAUUAUAAUAGUAUUCAAAGGGAUUUCGAUGAUCUUCCCGAUAGCUUCAUUGCUUAAUUCUCCUGAGUAAAAUGCAAUCUCGAAGUCGUCCUCAAAGCAACCUCAAAAAUGACUCGCGAAAUAGGUUUCAAAUAGAACUGGAAUUUGUCCAAUGUCUUGCGAAUCCUAACUAUCUAAAUUUUCUUGCACAGCAAGGUUGGUUUGAAAAGCCAAAUUUCAUAAAGUAUUUGAAGUAUUUACUGUAUUGGAAGGACCCUGCAUACUCAAGAUAUCUCAUUUAUCCGUAUUGUCUUCACCUGCUUGAUCUUUUGCAACAUGCGGAAUUUCGCUCUGCUCUUGCACGAGGUCAGAUAUGCCGAAUGAUCGAUGAUCAAAUUCUUCUUCACUGGCAGCACUAUAUGCGUAAGCGUGCAGCUCUUAUAGCUAAACACGUUGAAGAAACUAUACAACCCACUUAACUUCGCGUCUGAGCUAUGGAAUGUGCUAAGUCGUUCAUAAAUUGAUUUUCAUUUCUGGAGAUGUCUUUUUGCCAUCAUAUCAGGCGUUUACUAAACACUGAGCUCUUUGUUUGGUCUCAUUAUACUUGGAUUUUUUUACGAAAUAAGAUUUUGUUGACAAAGUAAACCAAGAUCAUGUAAAUUCAUUUCAGUGCAUUGGCUUUAAUCGAUUUCUGUUAAAUUUCUAAUAUUUGAUUUAUUUUGCUCAACUCUUUAUAUUAAGUUACUCUUCUUGAAAUUAAGUAUAUAUUUGGGUAUUAGCCUCCCAGAUGGAACCUGCAGUUUUGCUCUGAACACUUCGAACUGACUGUUGGGAUAGUUCGCGUAUACCGUAGGCGCAUUUAGUUCUGGUGUCUGUUGGAGUGCUUAAUAACUGUACUGUUUACUUGUCUCAAUUCCAACAUAGGGCAAUUAUCUAUGCCGAGACCUAAUUGCAUUUCAAACAAAAAAUUGUUUUUAACUUCAGCGAAUAAUUGAUUAUCGUAUGCUGAACUUAUGCUAAUUGUUGUUAGCAGUGUAAUGUAGUCCUGUUCUUUUAACUCCACUUAUGCAAAUAGAUGUUUGAAUACCGACGUCUAAUCACCGCGUAAACCCUUAAUCAGUGUACCUAUAAUUUGUUAGCAUUUCUCAUUAUCCCUGUCCUAUACUCAAUAAGACGUUUCAUUGUCUCUUAUUU